ACCUAGAACCCUUUAUGUAACUCUAAAUGUGCAUGGUUUACACAAGUUCAGAUAUAAUCUCACCAAACCCCCUCAUUUUCCAUCAAAGAAAUUUCCAGUGCGCCCUUUAGAGUCACAGGAAGCGGUUGUGGAGCCCAGUUUAAAUCACUUUUGACCUAAACAGAUUGCCUUCCAGGGACAAGGUGGGAGGUGGAUAGUUAGACUCGGUUAGAAGGCCCCAGGAGGUAGAGACAGGGACUAACAAUUCUCCAAGCUACUUUCUUUGCCCAAAGAAGGCAAGACAAGUGAGAACUGACUACCAGGGGCCAAAAUGUAGAAGCCAGCACUUUGUUUUCCGGCACACUGGUAGGAUCUCUUCAACUGUUCUCACCCACUCACUGAACCCUCACCCAAAGCUGGCCAACGAGGAGAUGGCCGGUCAGGCCUUCCUCUCAGACUGAGCCCUUUUCCUCCACUCCUCCUUCCGCCACCUCCGGGGUAGAGGCUCGUGACCCACUAUGGCCAGGGUCCCCCAACAGGCAGCUCCAGUCUAGGCUGGUUGCCUAGAAGUCAGUGUGACGCUGAGAACUCUUAAUCGCCACGUCGGAUCUCGGGAGGAGAAGGCAGAGCAGGUGAACGAGGCAGGAGGGAACCGGUUCCUGGUCGGUGGGGAAGGGCGAAGCGAGGGCGUGAGGCGCGGGAGGGACGCGCGAGAUAAGCCACAAGAGGAGCGGCCACAGCCGCCCAGCUCCCCAGGAUCACCUUGCACUGACCUAGUUCAGCGCCCAAGGCAGGAGGGGGCGGCCAAGGAGGUGGGCGGGGCUUUGUUCGGGGGCGGAGCUUCAGAGCGUGCUCUUCCCUGGAGCUCGCCUGUGAUUCGCCCAGACACCCAAGCCGGAAGCGGCCGGGGAGGCGUUGGCGGCCGCGCACGUGGUGACGUGCGAGGGAGUGCGGCGCGAGAGCGCGCGGCGGCAGCGGCGGCGGCAGUGUGUCCCUGACGCGCGUGGAGGUCGGUCGCUCAGAGCUGCUGGGCGCGUCGCGGCGGCGAGCGAGUUCUCUGCGAGUCCCCCGUGGUCUACCGGUGCCCGCAGCCUCCCGCCCGGUCGCCCCGCGCCCCUUCCCGCGCCUUCCGCCUGCAGCCCGUCGAAGCUCUGGAGAUGAAUUUCGCCAUCUCUUCAGAGAUGACCCAGAUUAUGAUGCAUGAUUAUCACAGAAGAAAUUCAUGUCUAUAGCUUUUAAGGACUUGAUUACAUCAUUUUCAAGCCUGAUAGUUUUGGAACCACCAUUAAAGCGUAAGACAUCUACCUUCACACAACCACCUCUCUGCAUACCUUAACGAAGUGCUUUGUUUCAACACUUCUUUGUCUUGGAUCAUUUGCAUCCCCAUCUCUCAUCAGUAAUAGUUGCCAAAUUUAUAAGGAAAAAUGAUUCCCAAUGGAUAUUUGAUGUUUGAAGAUGAAAAUUUUAUUGAAUCUUCUGUUGCCAAAUUAAAUGCCCUAAGGAAAAGUGGGCAGUUCUGUGAUGUUCGACUUCAGGUCUGUGGUCAUGAGAUGUUAGCACACAGGGCUGUCCUGGCUUGCUGCAGCCCGUAUCUGUUUGAAAUCUUUAAUAGUGACAGUGACCCUCAUGGAGUUUCUCACGUGAAGUUGGAUGAUCUCAAUCCAGAAGCUGUUGAAGUCUUGCUGAAUUAUGCAUACACUGCUCAGUUGAAAGCUGAUAAAGAGUUGGUAAAAGAUGUUUAUUCUGCAGCAAAGAAGUUGAAGAUGGACCGAGUAAAGCAGGUCUGUGGGGAUUAUCUACUAUCUAGAAUGGAUGUUACUAGCUGCAUCUCUUACCGAAAUUUUGCAAGUUGUAUGGGAGACUCCCGUUUGUUGAAUAAGGUUGAUGCUUACAUUCAGGAGCAUUUGUUACAAAUUUCAGAAGAGGAGGAAUUUCUUAAGCUUCCGAGACUAAAGUUGGAGGUAUUGCUUGAAGAUAAUGUCUGCUUGCCCAGCAAUGGCAAAUUGUAUACAAAGGUAAUCAACUGGGUGCAGCGUAGCAUCUGGGAGAAUGGAGACAGCCUGGAAGAGCUCAUGGAAGAGGUUCAAACCUUGUACUACUCAGCUGAUCACAAGCUGCUUGAUGGGAACCCACUAGAUGGACAGGCUGAGGUGUUUGGCAGUGAUGAUGACCACAUUCAGUUUGUGCAGAAAAAGCCACCCCGUGAGAAUGGCCAUAAGCAGAUAAGUGGCAGUUCCACUGGAUGUCUCUCUUCUCCAAGUGCUUCAAUGCAAAGUCCUAAGCAUGAGUGGAAAAUCGUUGCUUCAGAAAAGACUUCAAAUAACACUUACUUGUGCCUGGCUGUGCUGGAUGGUACAUUCUGUGUCAUUUUCCUUCAUGGGCGGAACAGUCCACAGAGCUCACCAACAAGUACUCCAAAACUGAGCAAGAGUUUAAGCUUUGAGAUGCAGCCAGAUGAGCUCCUAGAAAAGCCCAUGUCUCCCAUGCAGUAUGCGCGGUCUGGACUAGGGACAGCAGAGAUGAAUGGCAAACUCAUAGCUGCAGGUGGUUACAACAGAGAGGAAUGCCUUCGAACAGUUGAAUGCUAUGAUCCACAUACAGAUCAUUGGUCCUUCCUUGCUCCCAUGAGAACACCAAGAGCCCGCUUUCAAAUGGCUGUGCUAAUGGGACAGCUCUAUGUGGUAGGUGGAUCAAAUGGACACUCAGAUGACCUGAGUUGUGGAGAAAUGUAUGAUCCAAGCAUUGAUGACUGGACCCCUGUUCCAGAGUUGAGAACUAACCGUUGUAAUGCAGGAGUAUGUGCUCUGGAUGGGAAAUUGUACAUCGUUGGGGGCUCCGAUCCAUAUGGUCAAAAAGGCCUGAAAAAUUGUGAUGUAUUUGAUCCUGUAACAAAGUCGUGGACAAGCUGUGCUCCUCUUAACAUUCGUAGACACCAGUCUGCAGUUUGUGAACUUGGUGGUUAUUUGUAUAUAAUUGGAGGUGCAGAGUCUUGGAAUUGUCUGAAUACAGUAGAACGAUAUAAUCCUGAAAAUAACACCUGGACUUUAAUUGCACCCAUGAAUGUGGCUAGGCGAGGAGCUGGAGUAGCUGUUCUUGAUGGGAAACUGUUUGUUGGUGGUGGCUUUGAUGGUUCUCAUGCCAUCAGUUGUGUGGAGAUGUAUGAUCCAACUAAAAAUGAAUGGAAGAUGAUGGGAAAUAUGACUUCACCAAGAAGCAAUGCUGGGAUCACAACUGUAGGGAGCACCAUUUAUGCAGUAGGGGGAUUUGAUGGCAAUGAAUUCCUGAAUACGGUGGAAGUCUAUAACCUUGAGUCAAAUGAGUGGAGCCCUUAUACAAAAAUUUUCCAGUUUUAACAAAUUUUAAGAACCCAAACUAACAGGCUUAGUGAUGUAAUUGUGUUUAGUAGAGGUACACUUGUGAAUAAGGAGGGUGGGUGGGGUAGAUGUUGCUAACAGCAACACAAAGCUUUUGCAUAUUGCAUAUUAAACAUGCUGUACAUACUUUUGUGUUUGGAAAGAAAUGCAAAGAUGAAGGUCUGUUUGUGUAUUCUCAAGGUGUCUUUGGUUAUUUUUCUUCUUGAAGGUUGAUACUGUAAAAGAAUAAACCACAAAUUGAUUGGGAACAUCAUUUCAGGUCCCUGCUCCUCCACAUUUGUUUUGCCUAUUUGCACAUUAAAUGACUUUUCCCUCCUCCAGUCUGUCUUCAGGGGCAAGAGGGUUGGGUUUAAAGUAGGCAGUUGGAUUUUUUUAAGGGCCCUUUUUCAAUAACUGGAACACUCUAUAACCAGAUAACUUAUUUAAAUAGAUAACAAUGUCUAUUUUUGUUUUUAUUAAAAGAAAGUUGACAUGCCUACCAAUAUUUAAUCUUUUAUGAUUACAUUUUUAUAACUUUUUAUAUUCUCAGCAGAGUCCUUUAUCUGUUGAAGUAAAAUGUGACAGAUCCAAGCAGAGUGGCAGUGAAGGAUGCAAGCGGGGUAUUUCUUUUAAAUGCCCAGAAUGCAAAUGUAAGCAUUUGCCAUAGCUGCACUACUUUCUUUUCUAUUUGAGAAUGCAGUAUCAAUGUUUAUUUGGAUGGAGUUGCUGAACAGUAACAUGGUAAUAAUUCAAACUUAGGUUUGAUGAAUUACUUGACUGACUCAGAUUAGGACGUUUAACCUGUCUUUAUUAUUUAUCACUAACAAAGCAAUUGUAAGUGGAAGCCUUUGAUUGAAAAAAAAUUAAACUCUUGGGUUUGUGAAUGCACCCUUUUU